UUCUAUUCAAUAGGACCACAUUUUUUGCUCCUCAAUUCUCUAUCUCUGCCUUAUACGAACAUAAAUAAACAUUAAAGAAUUUUCUCAUCUCAUCCAAUCCAGUCCACUUCUACUGCACCACACACCACGACUACGCUAUCGUUUAUUAUACGAGGUGUAAUAUAUGGGCUGGUUUGGUUUUUAGUUUGUUGGGCAUAAAGGAUUCAUUCUUUCUGUAGCAGUGUACGGCUGACGAUUGAUAAGAACGAGCACCACAAUCUUGAAGAGCAUUUAACUUAGUUACUUACUGUACAGCAGAAGAAUAUAUACAAGGAGAAAAAUUUACUCAGAAAAUGUAAAUAGUUUAGCUAGGUAUUAACAGAUUUUGUAUUUAUACUUCUUCACAAGAGAAGAAGAACAAACACUAACCAUUGCAUUUCGAUUGAUUGAGAAGCGAAGCGACGAAAAAAAGUUGCAGCCAUAAUAAACCUUAAAAGAAACAAAAAAAUAACCAUAUUACAAUGAUAUUAUUAUUAUGUAUCGCACCGCUGCUGGGGUCAUAAUAACAGCGAUACGUAAUAUCGACAAGUUAAUUUAAAGAAAAUCAGACAACAAAGAGAAAAGGAAAUAAUAAAUUACCAUGAGUAAAUAAAACUUUUGGGUGACUGACAUGAAUACCAAGACAUUAUGCAUUGCUACCGCAGAAAUGUAUAACAACUGUAUGAAAAUUUGUGUCAAUUCUCAUAAUUGGGAUUGCACAGUGACAGAAAUGUUGCUACCGCAGAAAUGUAUAACAACUGUAUGAAAAUUUGUGUCAAUUCUCAUAAUUGGGAUUGCACAGUGACAGAAAUGUCAAGACUUGUUAAUCCGAAGAAAAGUUCAAAUACUGGAAGGAUUAUUGUUGUGAUGAUGUGAUAUACUUAAGGAAGAAUCGAGGCUUAUAUUCUUAGUGAUAUUAAGGACAAAGUACCUAGAAGAAAUACUUUCAGCUAUUUACUACUGCAUAUACGACUCUCUGUAUCGGACUCUCUAAUACAGAAAACAAAGAUUUAUACUUAUUUAGCAAGUAUUUAGGAUACAUUUUUUAUCAAGAAUAACCUGACACCCAAAGACAGCCAACCAAAUUUAAACCAAACGCACGAUAUAAUGAUUGAAAUCUGAAGAGAGGCUAUAAAAUAACACAAACUGACUGAAAGGAUGAAUCGCCACGGUCACCUCAACUCGAUAUCUUCCUCAUCAUCGUCCCAACAAACGGCCGACGAUUCUGGAUAUGUGGGGUCACCGACACCCCCAAAUCACACCCACCAACAACAGCAACCACAGAAUACUGACUAUGGGAAUAAUACAGAAAACAUGAUUAUCAUGCAAAAGUCGCAUCAAUUUAAUGAAAAUGACGAUGAUGACGAGUUUGCCUACUUUUUGACACCAAUUAUUUGCCAAUUUUGCUGGGACUUUAUAACUGUGACAUCAACCGUGAAAUCUAACAAGAAAAUUGGUGUAAAGUGCGAAGAUUGCCAAAAAUGUUUCCAUACAUCCUGUCUCCGAGCCUAUCGAAACAUACCUGCAUAUACGAAAUCUUCCACAAAAUCCAAAUUUAUGAAGACGCAUCGCCUCUCUGGGGGAAACAACGAGCAAGAGCUAAUCGUGCGCACACCGGACAUAAAUUCUAUUGAAAAUUGCUCAUUCUAUUCAACCGAGAAUAAUUACGUCUGUCUCAAUAAGUUUUCUCCCCCGGAAGAGUGGUCCCCACGCGUCGUGUCGGAAUGGCUUGUUGCCAACAACUUUUAUGAUAUUGUCCACUACUUGGAGAAUGUGGAUGGUGCACAGCUACUUAACCUUGAUGAACCGACGAUUAAGGCGUUUGGACUUGUCGACGCCUUUGCUGUAGCAUCACUUCAAGCUGCUGUGGCUGAACUGAAACGUCCCUCUGCAUCUGACGACUACUAUGACCACCUUUCCUACGGUUCCACUACCCAUGACCACUCCUUCAUUCAGAUGACCUUUUCCACAAUUACCAAUUGUGACCAGUGUAAGAAAGUGUUGAACGGAUUGUACCACCAAGGAUUGAUCUGCAGAGGUUGCGGAAUGAUUUCUCAUAAACACUGUGUUGUGCUGGGGUUGCCUCAAUGCACACAUACUGCGCAAACUGGAAGUCGACUUCAUUACAUGCAUUCCAAAGUCGACAUGAAAGUGGUUGAUCGUUUAAUCAAUGAAUCUAUGAUUUCUCCUUCCCCAGCUACUGGAACGUUGCUGACCUUGUCGUAUGAACCAACUUCGACGGAUCACGCUCCUCCCAUCUUUACUGCGUUGAUUUUUAACUUGGAGGCUCGGAUUGCUGGUGAGAUGGGAAACUUUGCGCAGUUGUUCAACCCCAUGUAUCAGUCCCAGACGAAUUUGCUACCCGUACUGACUGAAAUGUACAACAUGAACCCUGGGCAGUCACUUACCAAUCAACUCCAAACUCAACCCCUGGCUCUUAUUACACAGUCGAUCCGCACUUAUCUCCGUGAACUGCCAGAGCCUCUUAUUCCGACAGACUUGUAUCAAGACUUUAUUCAAGUGGGGAAGGGUCAAAUCGACUCCGACGCGCGACUCAUGAUGAGCAAGCUGAUCAAUAAUCAUCUUAACAUACAUCACUCGAGAACGGUGCAGUUUUUUGGGAUGCAUUUGGCUCGCAUUGUACGGAUCGUUCAAGAAUUUUCUCACAAUAAUCCUGGUAUUCAAAUUGACCCAGAAGCCAUCCUGUCAACAUUUUAUGCCGGAGUUUUCCUCCGUCCAAGCUAUAACAAUAUAUUACAAAUUUUGGACAAUGGAAAAAUUCAUGUACGCCUAGUCUCACUGUUGAUUGAGCUGUAUUACAAAUAUCCGCAAACCCGCACCCCACAUCAGCAAAAGCAGCCACACAAUAAGACUGAUAUUAACAAGGAUCUUGUAGAAUAUGAAUGGUACUGGGAAGGUUGUAACAGGGAAGAGGUGCUGGAGAAAUUGUUUGACUCACAGGAUGGUUCCUUCCUUGUUCGGGACGCUUCCACUAAAGCUUUUGGAGAAUAUACACUGACCGUUCGCCACGCUCAAACUACGCGAUUGCUUCGCAUUUCAUACAAAAAUGGAAAAUACGGACUCUAUGAACCAUUUACGUUCAACUCUGUAACUGAGCUUAUUUCCUACUACUCCCAACACUCUCUUGCAGAAUAUAACAAUUCCGUGGAUGUCAAGCUACUCUAUCCUGUAUCAAAAUAUGACAAGAGUGAAGAGGAUGAAGAUAAGGACAAGUUGCUAUUGUUGCUGGGCGAAGUUUCACGAGAUUUUCUUUUAAAGUCACGCUACCUUGAACUUCAGUCCCAAAUGUACUCUCAGACUUCGGAUGAAAUUAAAUUCAAGAAACAAGCCUCGGAUGCUUUUGACAGCGCGAUUCAAUUUUUCCAAGAACAAAUUCAAGUUCACAAAUCAGUCCAAUCUCAAACCACUGAUCAAAUCGAGUUAAAGGAGUUAGAAGAUAAUUUUGGCUAUUUGAAACGGAAAAUGACCACGAUGGAAGAGUCACGAGAACAAUUACAGCAGUCGCUUCAAUUGCAAUCCGCAUAUGCACGACUAGUAGAACAAGAGAUCAUAACUCUGAAGCCACAGCUUGCACAUCUUAGGAAGCAACGUUCUCGAAUUGUCAAACGGCUGGAGCAUUUGCGUGCUGAUAACAUCGAGUCUGCAUUGUCCCCCUCAGCCAUGGUUGACAUCUGGGAUGAGAAGCUGUGGUAUAGUCAAGAUGCGUCACGACAGGAAGCUCAAUCUCUUCUCAAGGGCAAGCCAGAGGGGACUUUCCUCGUGAGGAAAUCAUCCAAAGGAGAGUUGGCCCUGUCACUGAUUGUUAAUGGAGGUGUGGUUGGUCAUUGCAUAAUUUAUGAAUCCACAGUUGGAUUUGGGUUCACCAGUCAAACUACUUACUUCCCAUCGCCAAAGUCUCUUAUACUGUACUACUCGGCCCACUCCCUAGCUGAGUUUAAUCCUCAUUUGGUGACCUGUCUCAAGUAUCCUGCUUUCAUGUAAUUUAUAUAAAGCCAUUGCCAAUGUAGUUUAAUGAACAACUAUAUUAUUCUUAUUAAUAUUAUUAAUUUAAAGAAUUUGAUAAUUUAAAGAAUUUGCUAUAGUCAAAUUUUUCGCAACGUUUAUUUCAGUAUCUUGGAUAAUUAAUUACAAAAAAAUGUUUUCCUUACUUUAAUCGAUACAUCGACUAAAUAAAACUUAAUAUUCAUUGCAUCACCACCACA